UGAAUGUUUCACACUAUCAACUAGAUGGUCUCUCCCUCCACCUACAAAUUCACCUUCCAAUCACAUGCACCUUCCCACCGCACGCACCUUCCCACCGCAUGCAUCACUGAUAUUUAUUCUUUCUCCCUACAAAUUUCAUAACCAACCAGAGAAGCCACGUACUUCAACGGAUAACUUCGGCUCAUUCUAAGGCAAAAAAUCAUGGGUAAUAAUGGAGUGGAAGAGAGGCUUCUGGCAUUGGAAGAAAAUAAUAGUAGUGGUCUAAAAAGCAGGAUUUGGAGGGAAUCGAAGCUGGUAUGGCGGACUGCAUUUCCCACGAUACUUGCAAGAGUCACAGGAUAUGGACUUAUUGUGGUGACGCAAAGUUUUCUUGGACAUGUUAAUGACGUAGAUCUCGCUGCAUAUGCACUUGUUCAAAGCAUUUUUCUGCGUUUUGUCAACGGAAUUCUGCUGGGAAUGUCAAGCGCAACAGAAACAUUAUGUGGGCAAGCAUUUGGAGCUGGGCAUAACCACAUGAUGGGAAUUUACUUGCAAAGAUCAUGGAUAGUCGAUGGUGUAACAGCUACAAUAUUGGUGCCCAUCUUUGUUUUCGCAACACCAAUAUUAAAACUAAUCGGGCAGGAUGAAGAAAUAGCAGAAGCCAGUGAACUUAUAUCUCUAUGGUGGAUUCCCUAUGUCUAUAGCUUUGUCUUUGGUUUGACCAUCCAAAUGUUUCUACAAUCACAGCUCAAAAAUAUGAUAAUUGGGUGGCUAUCUGCUAUUUCUCUUGUUCUUCAUCUGUUUUUAUCGUGGCUGUUUGUGAUCAAACUUGGGUUAGGGGUUGAUGGUGCAAUGGGCUCACUCAAUAUAUCAGCUUGGUUCAUGGUAAUAGGAGAGUUUGUGUAUAUUUUCGGUGGUUGGUGUCAAGAUUCCUGGAAAGGGUUCAGUAAAGCUGCCUUUGCUGAUAUUCUUCCAGUUGUAAAGCUCUCUUUAUCCUCUGGUGUAAUGCUUUGCUUGGAGCUUUGGUACAAUUCAAUCCUAGUGUUAUUAGCAGGUUACUUGAAAGAUGCUACUGUAGCCAUAUCUGCUUUCUCUAUUUGCCUCAAUGUCAGCGCACUUCAAUUUAUGGUCUGCCUCGGCUUCCUAGCAGCUUCAUGUGUGAGGGUCUCAAAUGAACUGGGCAGGGGAAAUGCCGAAGCAGUAAAAUUUUCGAUUAAAGUUAUAACGGCAACUUCAACAAUUUUAGGAGUGAUCUUUUUUGUUCUUUGCCUGGCCUUUGGUCGUCAACUUUCAUAUUUGUUUACUAGUAGUGAGGAAGUUGCAGAAUCGGUAUCAAAUCUAUCUGUCUUUCUUGCUUUCUCCCUUUUACUUAACAGUAUUCAGACAGUGCUCACAGGUGUGACCAUCGGAGCUGGAUUUCAAGGUGUGGUUGCUUAUAUUAACUUGGGAAGCUAUUAUGUGAUCGGAAUUCCAGUGGGAUGCUUGCUUGGAUAUGUCGCCGAUCUUGGAAUUAAGGGUUUGUGGAUUGGAUUAUUGUCGGGCGUAGUAAUACAGACACUUAUUCUUGCCUACUUUGUUUGGAGAACAGAUUGGGAUGAGCAGGUAGACAAGGCAUCCAAACGAAUGAAACAAUGGCUUCUAAAACCAGCAGAAGAUUCUGAAAAUGGAGAUUAACCAAUAAAACUGCCUCUUUCUUGAUUAGGUGUGAACUAGAAUUGAAAUAAUUUUGAUCCCAUGCUUGUAAUUUUGAGAGGAGACUGAAAUCAUCCUUGUUAUCAAUGAUAAGAGGAUGAAUUUUGCUUUAUGUAUCGUGUUUUUCUUGGUUUCAGUUUUAGGAAUAAAAAUUAUCAGACUCAGAAAA